CUGCGUCCGGUGGGCGUGCACAACAACUCGCCAACAACCAACCAACCAACCAACAACAACUUGCCAGGAUGGGUGGCCUGUUCCCAGACGACUUGCCAAACAUCGACUAUCGCGAUGCUCUGCCCGAUAGGGCCUUCUUCAUCGUGAGCAUUGUCAUCGCCGUGAUUCUGCUGGUGAAGGAGUACGCGGAGCUCGUGGUGCAGGCUGUUGGCGCCUUUCCAAAGUCCAUCUGUUUCGUGUACCUCGUCGGCGCGUACACUUUCGUCUAUGUGUGCUUGGCCAUCUCCGUAGAUUUGGAGGACAGCGCGCGUGGCAACGCCGUGGUGCAACUCGUGCGAUCCAGCCUCGUCUUUGGUGCCAUGUUCAUGCUCAUUGGGCCCCUCCUCGUCCUCUCACCUAUUCGCAAGAUCACCGUGACAUCCCGAAUUGGACGGGCGAUUGUUGGCGGGGCGCACCGCAAGGAAUCGCGCUACACUGCUCUUGUCCUCUUCUUCGUCAUCGUCGCGGCCCAGCUCGUCGUCAUCUACUCCAUGGCCCUCGUCCUCUGGAGCGUGUUCAACCUGCAAGAAGUGGAUGUGAUUGGCCUGUGCAUCUGCUACUUUCUCCUCUCCCUCUUUUAUCUCCUCGCAUUUUUCGGCUCAAUGACCCGCAAGCCGUUCAAAAUUGGCGGCGUUGAUCCUCUCGCGGCAAUCAGGGAGCACAUGCCGUGGCUGGAGAGCAAGUCGUACCUGUACGGAUAUGUGGUCGUGUACGCGGCCAAGAUGAUCGGCAUCCUCGUCGGCGCCUCCAUCCUCUUUGAUCAGGACCGCAGAAACCACAACGAUGAGGACUCGGGCGAUGCGAGCGCGUAUGCGGUGUCGUGCACGUUCUUCGUGCUGACGCUGGUGGCGCUGCUUGCUUUCGCUGUUUUCUUGCUCGUGGAAGCGUUUCGUGUGAAGAAGAAGGAAGUCGUUGAGCCGGCAGAGAUGGAGAUGAACGCCAUGGCCGAGCGCAAGCAGAGCAACUCCAAGAGCCCCGUCAUCUUCAUGCAGGGCGGCGGGGCGAUGAGACGUUCAGCAGCGCCUGACGCAUCAUCAUCGUCAUCAGCAUCAUCGUCGUCGUCGUCAGCGUCGUUGAUGGGGUCUGUGCCCGCGUCUGCUGACGAGGACGAGGCAGUGCCCGGCUCCAUUGCAGAGGUGCAGCAGCAGGUGGACGAGGUGCAGGCGGUGAUGCAAGACUCCAUUGCCAAAGUCCUGGAUCGUGGAGAACAGCUGGACGCCUUGGCCGAUCGUGCGGACGACCUCAGUCUCAAUGCGGCGCAGUUCCACAAGAAGGCGAAGAGGGCGAAACGUGGCAUUGGCGUCAAGUUUGGCGGGCUGAAGAAGAAGAAGCAGAUGAAGCAAAAGCCCGCGAAGAGCCAGCCCAAGCGGCGUGCUGUUGUUGUGGACGACGAUGAUGAUGAUGACAGCGACAGCGAUGUUGGGUUUAACUCCCGCUCUCGUCUCCACCGCGCUGCCUCAACAACGGCGCCCGCGAGCGCCGGUGCGUUCUAUGGAUCACUCGCAGACGACAUCCCUCCUGCACAACCAUCAUCAUCGUCAUCUCAGGUUGCCGUGAAGCCAAGACCAGUGCAAGCCAAAUCCAAGAGCUCCGCUCCACCACCGCCACCGCCACUCCCUGCUAUGAGCGCGCCACCACCACCAGCCCCACUGGUCGUGCAUCAGACGGGCGGGCACAUGCCGCACUUGUCGUCUGCGUCGUCGUCGCCUCUUGGCCGUCUCGCCCGCGCCGCGUCAACAACAGCGCUGCCGGCGGGCGCACCCCACGCGAUGGUCCUCGACAGCAGUGACGACGAGCAGGCCAGUGCCAGCGAAAGCCCCAGCCCCGCACCAUCGGCCGGCCUGGGCGAUCUUGCUGGCAUGGGGGUGCACGACAUGAUUGAGACGCGGGCGACGCGAGAGGAGGAAGCGGAGGUGGAUGACGACUUUGAUGAGCGGUUUGGCGACAACUUUGACAGCGCGAGCGAUGGUGGUGACGCCGCGCCUGCGUCUGUGCCCGCAGGACUGUUUGAAGGCGAGCAUCUGCUGCAUUUUACGUUCGAAGUUCGCGGCAAAACAAAGGGCGCGCACGUGGACACGCAGCGGAUCCGCGCGUGUGUGCAGGACAUGAUGCAACGCGAGCGCUGGGGCGACGGGAACGAAAUCGUGCGGGUGGAGAAGGCGAAGGACUACGUGUGGCGGGUGACAAUGGCGGUGGAGGUGCCAACAGCGCUGCAGCGAACAGAUGUCUGGCGCAUCAUCACGUCUUCCUUUGCCAAGAAUGACAUGGCCGUCAAGCAAAAGUAGCCUGCAGUUGUGUUUUGUGUGUUGCUCUGUGUAUGAGCGCUUGUGUGGAUUGUGUGCAUUGCUUGCAUGAACGAGAGUGUUGUGUGUAUUACUUGCAUGAAUGUAUGAAUGGGGUGUAUGCGGGUGUGUUGCGUGUAUUUUUCCUGCGUCCAAGUACGUCUGUGAGCGCUGUUGCCUUUUGUAUUACGUUCGCCAUACCGUGCUGAAACGCAUGUAACUGUGUUGUUGUUGUUGUUGUUGUUGUUGU